AUGAUUGUUAAUAAUUCUGAUUAUACUCGGUUUGCCAGUCAACCAUCAGUUAUAUUUUGGCCACAAAUGAUUGCCAUUCCCUUAGGAUUUUCCUUAACUAGUUUCAUCGGUCUUAUCGUUGGGUCAUCAUCAAAAGUUAUCUAUGGUAAAGAAAUAUGGAAUCCAUUAGAACUGUUGAAUACAUUUCUCGACAAUAUGCCAUCGUCAGCUACACGUGUCGGUGUAUUUUUUAUUUCACUUUCAUUCUGUUUAGCACAAUUAGGUGUAAACAUUGCUGCUAACAGUAUUUCCGCCGGAUGUGAUUUAACAGCUAUUUGUCCGAAAUAUUUAAACAUGAGACGAUCCGGUUAUAUCUGUUCUAUAGUUGGUCUUUGCAUCUGUCCGUGGCAAUUACUUUCGAAUUCUUCAUCGUUUAUCUCUUACUUGUCCGCUUACUCAACAUUUGUCAGUGCAAUUGCUGGUGUAAUGUUCUCUGAUUACUAUUUCGUUCGACGUCAGCAUUUGGAUAUGAACGAACUCUAUUCAGCUUCGUCAGAAGGCCUGUACUACUAUACGUUUGGCAUUAAUUGGCGGGCAUCAUUGCUUACAUUGCUGGAAUAUUAA